GUCGGGUGGGUGUGCAGAGCCCUCAGUUGGUCUUCUCUCCACAGUGCAGAUGGGGAGUUUGCGGUGACCCACAUGACCAAAGCGCACCUCUUCUCCACGGGCAUUGUGCCCUGGGUGCCCCCUGCCAUUUACAAGAGCUCCUGCAGCAUCAAUGUCACCUUCUUCCCCUUCGAUCAGCAGAAUUGUAAGAUGAAGUCUGGCUCCUGGACCUAUGACAAGGCCAAGAUUGACCAGGAGCUGAUGGAGCAGACGGUGGACCUGAAGGACUACUGGGAGAGUGGUGAGUGGGCCAUCAUCAAUGCCACGGGCACCUACAAUAGCAAGAAAUAUGACUGCUGCGCCGAGAUCUACCCUGACGUCACCUAUGCCUUUGUCAUCCUCCGGCUGCCGCUCUUCUACACCAUCAACCUCAUCAUCCCCUGCCUGCUCAUCUCCUGCCUCACCAUGCUGGUCUUCUACCUGCCCUCCGACUGUGGCAAGAAGAUCACGCUGUGCAUCUCCGUGCUGCUCUCGCUGACCAUCUUCCUGCUGCUCAUCACUGAGAUCAUCCCGUCCACCUCGCUGGUCAUCCCGUUCAUUGGCGAGUACCUGCUCUUCACCAUGAUCUUGGUCACCCUCUCCAUUGUCAUCAUCAUCUUCAUGCUCAAUGUGCACCACAGCUCCCCCAGCACCCACAGCAUGCCCUGCUGGGUGCAGGUGGCCCUGCUGGGACUUGUGCCCCGGUGGCUGCUGAUGAACCAGCCUCCUUUAGAGCCACAGACUCCAGGCCUGAAACUCGGCCCAACUUGUUAUUGGUUGGAGACCAACAUGAACGCAGAGGAGAGAGAGGAGGCAGAGGAGGAGGAGGAGAAAGACAGAUGGGUGUGUGCAGGCCUCCCAGCCCCCUCCAUGGGUAUCAUCUAUGGCUGCAGACGCCUGCACCCACAGGCCUCAGGGCCCAGGGUGGAGGCUCCCUCUGGGGAGCCUGAGAUCUUGCUGUCGCCUUGCAUACAGAAAACCCUGGAAGGUGUGAAAUAUAUUGCUGACCACCUGUGGUCUGAGGAUGUGGACUGCUGCUAUUUCAGUAAAUUUGGAUUCUUCUGCUGGCUCCUAAAGCAAGUCAGUAAAAGCUGUUCCUGCAUGCUACAUCUUAGAAUUACAUCAACCCAGAAAAAAUCUCAGAGUGAAAACUGAGAAAUGAAUGUGUAUAACAAGUUUUGAGCAACUAAGACAAGCCAUUUUGUAUUUUAAGCUCUGUAUUUAUUCAUCUGUAGAGUGUAAAAUGACGUGAAACCUCAAAAUUCAAAUUGUUCUUGUCUGCAAACCCAUGUACCUAGAAAGACAAAAUUGGGAGAAAAGAGUUUGUUUAGAGAAAUAAUAAAUCUUGCAACAUAUCAAAAAAUAUCCAAUGAAAAAAUUGUUUCAGCUAGUUCAGUACGUUGGAAAUUGCCUGAUAGCUCCUAAAGUUCUGCUAAAGAAAAGUUUUUCUGUGUGCCUGUCCUUGGAACUCCUUUGAUACAAGAAAUACUGAGUGAACACUAAUGACUGACUCUGAGAGUGAAGUGAAAAUCAUCUAGAAUCAACCAAUUUCAAUUUGAAGCUCUAUUUUCAUCAAUCUCUCUACUGCAAAUAAAAGUAAAAACUGAAAAUUUAAUCUAUUCCUGUGUGCAAAUAUUUCAAACUAUGAGUUCCAAACUGGGUUAAAAACUGAGAUUAUUGAAAUGGUAAACCCUACCGAGUAUCAAGAAAGUACAAUGAAGAAGUUUUGGAGCUCCUUGUAUAUAUUGGAACUCUCCUGCUACCUCCUAAACCAAGUUAGUAAAAGCACUUCUUGCAUGCUUCUGCUUAGAACUACAUCCACCAAGAAACAACCACAGAGUAAGCACUGAGAACUGAUUGUCUAUGUCUAGUUUCAAGCAGCUGGCACAAACCGUGUCUGAUUUAUGUCUCUAUUUUCAUCCAUCUCUGCAGUGCAAAACAAUGUGAACCCUGAAAAUUAUAACUCUUGCAGUCUGCCAAUGAUUUAACAUAGGAGAACCAAACUUGAAAAUGGAGUGUGAUUAAUGAAUUUAGGAAAUUUGCUGAGUAUCUAAGAAAUUCAAUGAAAAAAAUUUUGGAGCCUUUUCAGCACAUGAAAAUGUUCCUGUCAUUUCCUGAUGAGCUGAUAGAGAAAGCUGUUCUUAGUGCAUCUUCUUAGAGCUACCUUGCCAAGGAACAAAACACAGAAUAAACACUUAGAUAAGAUUGUGUAUUUAAAGGAUCAUGCCUCUAGCACAAUCUGUGUUUGGUUUGUAGUUCUAUUUCCAUCUUCUCUAUAGUGCAAAAGAAAGUGAAACAUGAAAAUUCAAACUGUUCCUGUCUGCCAAACCUUGAACGUAGGAGAACCAAACUUGGAGAAUAGAGUGUGUUUAAUGAACAUAUGCAUUUUGUGGAGUAUCAAGGAAAUGUAAUGAAAAAAAAUUGAAAUUCUUUGAGUACAUGGGAAUUUUUUGCUAGCUCCUGAAUCACUGAUGGAGAAAGCUGUUCUUGAGUGCCUCUGCUUAGAGCUACUUUUAGUAGGAAUAAAUCCCAUAUUGAACACUUAGAUUGGAUUGUGUAUUUGAAGUUCAAGCAUCUAGCACAAACCGUUUUUGAUGUGUAGCUCUAUUUCCAUCCAUCUCUAUAGAGCAAAACAAAAUGAAACAUGAAAUUUUAAAUUGUUGCUUUCUGCCAACCAUUAAACUUGGAGGACAAAAUUCGGAGAAAAGAGUGUGUUUAAUGAAUGUAUGAAUCUUGCCGAGUAUCAAAGAAAUACAAUGAAAAAAAUAUGGAAGCUCUCUCAGUACAUGGGAAUUUUCCUGCUAGCUUAUAAAGUGCUAACAGAGAAAGCCAUUCUUGAGUUUGUCUGCUUAGAGCAACUUUAACCAGGAAUAAAACACAGAGUGAACACUUAGAACAAAUUGUGUGUUUGAAGUUUCAAGCAUGUAGCACAAACCUUGUUUGAUUUGUAGCUCUAUUUUUUAUCCAAAUCUAUAGUGGAAAACAAAAUGAAACAUGAAAAUUCAAACUGUUCCUGUGUGCAAACAAUUGAAUAUAGAAGUCUCAAACUUUGCCUCAAAGAGUGUUUAUUUAAAGGGUGAAAACUGCUGUGUAUCAAAGAAAUCUUAAAAACAAUUUUUGCACCUCUUUCUGUAUAUUGGAGUUAUCUUGCUAGCUCCUAAAGUGAGUGGGUAAAAACUGUUCCUGCAUUCUUCUGCUAAGAACUACAUCCUCCAGGAACAAACCAAAGUGUGCACACUGAGAACUGAUUGUGAAUGACAAGUUUUAAGCAGCUAGAAAAAACAGUGUUUGACAUGCCGCUCUAUUUUUGUCUAUCUUUAUCAUGCAAAAUGGAGUGAAUUUUGAAAA